GCCAAUCGCACAAAACGCUACAAGUUGAGCGUGCUGCCGGAGAAGACCAUGGGCCACCCCUUCGAGUGCCCCGAGUGCGGCCUGGUGUACACCCGGAAGCACGCCCUGGAGCGCCACAUCGCCUUCUCGCACAACGGCGAGACCGCCUUCCGCUGUGAGUUCUGCAGCUUCCACGCCCUCGAUCGGGCCAACUUCCGUCAGCACAUGUCGCGCCACUUUCAUCUCAAGAAUUUCGCCUGCGAGGAGAAGGAGAGAAAAAUAACCGUCCAACCAAGUGCACUGUCCGUGUCGUCCGUUUUUUGGAUCGCGGAUGGGUCGAUCUGGAAAACCGCCUACACAGGCCGGUCUUCAGGCGAUCACAGUAGUCUGAUGAGACACGUCGCCGACCAAAAUGAAAAAACCGAACAGACCGCAUGCGAUGCGGUCCUUUCCGUUUGCAGCUUUUUGGCGUCUCAGUAUCUUCGUCUCGUGGUUCAUCGUGUGUUCUUUUUUUGCUGUCCAUUUCAGCAAUGCGACCACCGUUGCAUCACCAAGCAGGAGUUGGCCGAUCACGUGCGCUUCAAACACAGCGACAAACGCGACUUCAAGUGCCCCGACUGUCAGGCUACUUUCAAGGUGUGUACACAGGGCACUCUGAGCCGUCACCAGAAGACCCACACAGACAUCUCCUUCCUCUGCAACCUCUGCGAUGCCUCCUUCAACCGAAUGAGCAAUCUCAAACGCCACAAGGCCUCGGUUCACGCCAAAAACAAGCGGGCACGUGGACGACCCCAGAAGAUUGUCAGACAGGAGGGCGAGAAACGCCCGAGGCAUCACAAAACCGCCACCGAAGUGGCUCAGCCUGACGCAGCGCUUCACCAAGCUGACGAUCUGUGGGCCGUUCAGGCCGGUGAGAAACACAUAGACCAGCACGCCUUUGGAAAUUAUGACCCAGUCCAGGAGCACAGUAGCGGAAAAGGCAUCGAUGAUCGACUCUGUUCAGUUCAGCCACCACUUCAGCCGGUCUACGUGGUUGCCUACGAGACGGAGAACGGGUGGGUUCCAGCAAAUCCCACCUCAGUGCCCGACGACACCCUCCUAAUCCCCCCUCCAGAACCGCCCAGGGAGCCCGUGCUUCCGUGUGUCACGGACUUCUUCUCCUCUACCACCUCCUCCUCCGCCAACGCCUUCACCUGCUUCCUCCCAGUCAGCACUGACGAGGAACACCAAACCGCUACACAUCCAGCCCCAUCGGCCAAUCACAUUUGGCGGCCAGGAGACGAUGGCGUGGAUGAUGACCUUGGCACGGCCAAUCAUGGCGGUGAGGAUCUCAUGUGUGACUUUCUACCAGGCCUGAGUGGCGACGCUGGUGGAAUGAGUCCGGAUCGGGGCCAGGCCCUGGGAAGCAGCAACUUCUCUGUGGGCUAUCUGAUUGGCGGUGGAAGUGGGGCCAGCGGAGUGUCAUUGGUGGACCCACACGACUCGGUGCCGAGUUCCACCUCCGAGCUACACGCACUCCCCACUUCCGACUGCCUCUCGCUCAUGCCAAUUGUCACGAGUGCCUUCGACGAGACCACCGGCAACACCACCUUUCAGCCGUUUUGGAGUUCGGCGAGUGGAUACUCGGCGUUUGACCAGCAACAAGACAGUGUCUGA